CUUUGAACGGGUUUGGGACUGGCGAAGGAAGAACGCUUGAGUUCUUGACCAUAGCUCGGCGGUAUUGUGAGGAAGAAGAGAAAGAAGAGGAUCCAAAGGACAGCAGUCCAGGAGCUAUCGUCACGGUAAAAGGACAUGUCCCAACCUGUUUGUGAUUGUUAAAUCCGGGAUAGCGACUGUCACCGGACUCAACUGACCAUAAUGAACAGCUCCACUGACAUCUGUAACAACUGUCGGGCAGCGCUUCGAGAGAAGGAGAAAGGGAUGAAAGUCCCACAACACAUUUCAAGUGGACCAAGUUCAUUCAUCCCUGAAAGUGAGAUUCUUGAGGCUAUGCCUUUGGGUGAUCACACUGUGAUGCUAUUGGCUGAGGAGUUCAGUGGUCGCAUGGACAACUUGACUCAGGUGAUGGGACUCCACCCCCAUUACCUACAGGCCUUUCUGCGCUGUCAGUACUAUUUACUGAGGAUGGAUGGCCCCCUGCCCCUGCACUACCGACAUUACAUCGCCAUUAUGGCUGCGGCGCGACACCAGUGUUCAGUGCUGGUGUGCCAACACGUGCAGGAGUUUGAACAGAUCGGCGUGUGUUCUGAUUGGCUGAGAGGUCUGGAGCACUGCCCACAGCGAAUCAGAAACCUCAAUGAAAUCAACAAGAUCCUUGCACACAGACCUUGGCUUAUCACCAAGGACCAUAUACAGGCGCUGGUGAAGACAGGAGAGCACAGCUGGUCUUUGGCAGAACUGGUUCACGCGGUGGUGUUGUUGGCUCAUUUUCACGCUCUGGCCAGCUUUGUUUUCGGCAGUGGCAUUAACCCUGACCCCGAGGUGGCAGAGGUCACAGGUGUGGCUGACGACCUCUGCCCCCCGGCGGUGAGCGGCAUUUGCUCUUGUCAUCUCACCAACAAUGGCCGAGCUAACGACAGCUCGCCGGGCAACACCAACGUAGGGAGUGAACUUGAGGUUCUGAUGGAGAGAAUGAAACGCUUGCAAGAAGAGAGAGAGGAGGAUGAGGCAUCUGAAGAAGAGAUGUUCACACGUUUUGAGAAAGAAAAGAAAGAGAGCCUGCUUGUGGGAUCUGGAGGUUUUGACAACAACAAAGUUGUGCCUCCCUCUCCCGUGGCGCGUUUUGUCGACGACCCUUCGUUUGGGUACCAGGACUUCGCACGACACGGAGAAGACAACCUCCCCACAUUCAGGGCCCAGGACUAUUCUUGGGAGGAUCACGGCUUCUCCCUGGUGAACAGGUUGUACUCUGAUGUUGGUCACCUGUUGGAUGACAAGUUUAGGACGGCCUGUGAUCUAACAUAUUACAACAUGGCCAGUCACGAGGGUGUAGACACUAGCAUGCUGCGCAGAGCUCUUUUCAACUACGUCCAUUGCAUGUAUGGCAUAAGGUAUGAUGACUAUGACUAUGGUGAAGUGAAUCAGCUCCUGGAGCGCAGUUUGAAGGUUUACAUUAAGACAGUGACAUGUUACCCUGAGAGAACCACUCGCCGUAUGUACGAGAGCUACUGGCACCAGUUCAGACACUCCGAGAAGGUUCACGUGAAUCUGCUCCUGAUGGAAGCUCGCAUGCAGGCUGAACUUCUCUAUGCUCUGCGUGCCAUCACCCACUAUAUGACCUGAGCCAAUCACAUGUAAUCAUCUUUACCAUACGACCAAUCGGAUUACACCUUUGGAGUGACUUAAGACCUGCCCCGUUGUAAUACCUGACCAAUUAGAGUAGACGUUAUUUUAACUGACCUGUUACCAGAGUUAUUACAAACCUCGUGAUCUUGACCACUAAGACAGUUCUGCAUACGCUGAGUAACAUGACACAUGCAAAAAGACAAUCAACUACUAAUACUUAACCAAUCAAACACACCCUCUGUCUGACACAACUAGUCAAAAAUCACCUAAAACGAUGACUUGAACAAUCAAGUCUUUAAGUGCAAUAUUCACCUAAAUAUCUCAUAUACAUUUAGUUCCAGUAUUUUUUUUUUUAUUUUUCCAAAAGUAAGCUCAUGUCCUUUUUAUAAAAAAACUUGGAGAAGUUUUUUUUUUUUUUUUGCACAUGUGAAGAGAAAUAUUUAUCGGGAAUUUUCUCAUCUUUUCCCAAGCUGUUCAACUCACACACACACACACACACACACACACACAAAAAGUCUGAAUUUAAUACCAUAGUAUUUCUUUGAGAGAAGUGUUUGAAGAAUGUGAGAUAUUUUUUUUUUGCCCCUUUCUGGAGGCAAACAUUUCAAAUAUCACUUUUUUUCUCCAUCUCACCGCUUUCCCCUCUCUUCUCUGUUUCUCUCCUGUUCUCUUCACCACAUGAUCAUAAAGAAUGUAUUGUCUUGAUUUUUACUGAACACUUAGCAUCGAAGACGCUUGAGAAGUAGAGAAAGAAAUGAGAAGAAAUAGAGACACUGAUUUUUUAUGUUUUUUUUCUCUCUGUCCAGCAUAUAUAUAUAUUUUAAAUUGUAGUUGUUUACCAGAAAGUAUACAUUUUUGUAGCAUUGACAUGGCUGUUUCUAUCUCUUAAAAUUUCAUAACCUUUUAGUUUUUUUUUUCUUUCUUUCUGGUAUUACACGUCAUGUAUGAUCUGUUUGUGGGGGUUUUGUUUUUUUCACUUCUGGCUUUACCCAAGCUAAUCAUCAGUCGUGUCAUUUCCGGCGUUUUCUCUUCAGGAGAAAACAGCGUGUUUGAUUCGGGUUGGGAGUGUUUACGUGCGUAUAUGUAUGUGUUUGUCUGAGAAGGUGAAUAUGAAGACAAAAGAAAAAAAAGUGCGCGUUUCUGUAUUACUGAGUAUCUGUGCGAGAGAGAAACAGACAGUUCUAAUGAAAGUCUCCGUGUGCGUUCUGGUGCCCGGGAGGACAACCUGAUGAAUACUUGGGUCUUUUUGAUUAUUGCAAACGUAACAACAUUGUGUGUGUGUGUUUUUUUUUCCCCCUGCUAAAUCUCUCUCAGUGCUCAGCCAUCUUUAUUUUGCACAGUUCUAAUGAGACUAUGAGGCUAUUGACAGUUUUCGCGUCCGCUCUCAAUGUGUUGAGGUCUCACACUUCUUUUCAAAUACUUAACAUAUUCACUCACUACCUUUUCCUGACCUGGUUAGAGUUCCUUUCGUUUUUCUUUUUCUUUUUUUAAAUAUAUACUUCUGGCAGAAAUAUUGCAGCUGUUUAUGUGACGUGUUAGUGUUUGUUUCUUAACGGCAAAGUUCUGAUUAUCAAGUCCAUUGUCUCGUUAGUAGGUUAAGCUGUCGACACCAUUUUGAGCAGUCGUUUCAUAACCAGUGCCUGAGAAGUUUAGGCAUCAGGAAUAGAGGUUAGAUGUGUGUUAGAAGACUGCAGAUAAUGCAAGAAGACAGAUAGUGAGAAUGCUGUGUCAGCCCUCUCUCUAAGACAGAUGACAAAUAUGAGGGUUUCUGUGUGGCCUUUUGUGUGCGUGUUUUUUUUUUUGUUGUUUGUCUGUUUGUUUGUUUGUUUGUUUUUAACUAAGCUGCCUUUAGAGGAACAAUCACGGAAUUGUUCCCAGUGAAAAUGCACAUUCACAGUACUUUGCACACAUACUGUUACCGCAUAUAUAUAUAUUUUUUAUAACUAAACCUGACAUCAGGAACACAGUCUUUUUUUUCUUUGUGGUGGUGAGGUCAACUUUUAAAGUUGGACCAGACUGAACAGAGACACUGAAAAAACUGUAUACAUCCAUAUCCUGGUUGUGGGGGAAGAAAGACAGUGCUACCAAUCUGUGAGGUUCACAUAUUCAUCUCAUGUAUUCUCCAUAGGUUUAAAAAAAAAAAAUCAUGUGUAUCUUUCUAUACUUCAUUUGUGUUCUGGUACGAAACUGGACUGGUGUCUUUUUGAGAUGGAAUUAUCUCCAGUGUCUCCAUACAGACAAAAUGUUUGUUUCAUUAAAGCUUUUGAAAAAUAAA